CGUAAUACAACUAUGUAAAUUGUAUCAUCGAUAAACAAACCUUUUGGUUGAAAUUUUUGAUGUGUUAUUCGAUUCGAUUCUAACCUAUAUUUGAUACGAAACUCGAUGCUCGGAGCAAGAUAAAGGUAAUAAGAUUUCCAGUUAGUUGCUGGACGAAAAACUCGUAGAAUCUAAUCGAUGAAAGACCUAAUGCGGCAGGUGGCGCCAUCUGAAAAACGGUAGAAAGAACAGAAAGUAUUGUAUUAUAGAAAGAAGUAAAACAUGGAUGUGGAUACAGCGAGUGAUAAUACGUCCAUCGAUGACAAGAUAGACGAUUUUUGUGAGAAUCCAACGAGAGAUGCUCUAACAGAAGGUCUUAUGAGCCUUUUGAAACCUACAGUGGAUCAAUUAGACGAAAGAAUUCGUGCCACAAGAAUAUGUCAAAUAGAAUUAAAGCAACGAAUUGAAUCGUUGACGGAAGAAUUGCAGAGGAUCAACGAAGUAUUGCAGUGUCCGCUGGAAACAGAUUCUUAUGUUAAAAAGUUGAUCAACGCUAAACAUAAAAUCACAAUUGUUAGUAACAUUUUACAAAGUACGCAAGAGCGAUUGAACAAAAUUCACCAAGCAGUGGAGAAAAAUACAGUAAAAAGGAAAGCUUUACUGGAUCGUAGCUCUCCAUAUGGUAAUGCCUCUAAUAUUUUAAGUACAGAAGAACAAGUGGAAGUAGAAAAAGGGGCUAACGUUUCUAAAGAAUAUGAAUGAAACACGAUAGUACGUGUAAAAUAAUUGUGAUACGUCCCUCUUUAGCUUUGUCUUUAAUUUAGAAAUAUCUAAGAAAAGAACAAAUUGUACAAAAAUUCUUCUAUAUAUUUUCCAUGUAUCAUGAAUACACCGAUAGUUAGAUUAUC